AUGGCGGCGCCAUUGAGCCAAAACUUUAACGAAACGAGCAAAGAGAGAUUGAUUCCCAAAUAUUCAGAGUAUGGAUUGGAUCCAUCCUUUUACGUCGAACCCGAAGGAUUUUGGCGUCGAUUAAGUAAUAGAAUUAAGAAAUCAUGUAGUAAUGUUAAACAGGGUUCGAUCAAGGCAAUUGAUAUGGGUCGUAAGGAUCCUCGAAAGGUCAUUUUUGCUGUUAAAAUGGGUUUAACUCUUUCCCUUGUUUCGGUUAUCAUUUUCUUCAAAGAGCCCUUAUCCUAUGUUGGUACAUAUUCCAUUUGGGCCAUCCUCACUGUUGUCGUCGUAUUCGAGUUCAGCAUAGGUGCGACACUCAACAAAGGAUUCAACAGGGCUUUGGGGACAUUGUCUGCCGCAGGACUAGCUGUAGGCAUUGCUGAAUUAUCUGUUAUGGCUGGAAAAUGGCAGGAGGUUGUGAUUGUGGUCAGCAUUUUUAUUGCAGGUUUUCUUGCAACGUACUUGAAAUUGCAUCCUGCAAUGAAGCAAUAUGAAUAUGGUUUUCGGGUAUUCUUGUUGACAUAUUGUAUUGUGCUGGUAUCGGGAACUUCACAUUUUUUUCACGCAGCUGUUUCGCGAUUGUUGCUAAUUGGAGUUGGUGCUGGUGUCUGUUUGCUUAUAAAUGUUGGCCUCUACCCUAUUUGGGCUGGUGAAGAUUUGCACAAAUUGGUGGUAAAGAAUUUUAAAGGUGUUUCUACUUCUUUGGAAGGUUGUGUCAAUGGAUAUUUGCAGUGUCUUGAAUAUGAUCGGAUACCAUCAAAAAUCCUUCUUUACCAGGCCUCUGAUGACCCUGUGUAUAGCGGAUACAGGGCUGCUUUGGAGUCAACAAGCCAAGAGGAUUCUCUGCUAGCUUUUGCUGAAUGGGAACCCCCUCAUGGCCGUUACAAGAUGUUCAAUUAUCCGUGGGCUGAUUAUGUUAAAGUCAGUGGUGCGUUGAGGCAUUGUGCUUUUAUGGUCAUGGCUAUGCAUAGCUGUAUUCUUUCAGAAAUACAGGCAGCAUCUGAUUUGAGACAUAUCUUCUGCAAGGAGAUCCAGAGAGUUGGGAUUGAAGGAGCUAAAGUAUUACAACAUCUUGGAGACAAAGUUGAAAAAAUGGAGAAACUUAGCCCUCGAGACCUUCUUGAAGAAGUUCAUGGGGCUGCGGAGGAUCUACAACUGUUGAUUGACCAAAAAUCUUAUCUAUUGGUUCAGGUGGAGAACUGGGAAAAUGCAAAACAAGCUAACCAGCUUGAAGAUCCUGAACAUAUUCAGGAACUGAAAGACAAUGAAACUAAAGUGAUGGGGAUAAACUCCUUUAGUGAAGCAGGUCUCAAUCUAAGGUCUGCUCAUACAUUGAAACACAUGGAUGCUUAUACUCGAAAUUCAAGUACGAAUAUUUCUGGUGCACAAAUGUGUUCCACUGGAAACGUGUUCAAUCAGAUGGUGUGGCCAUCACGACUUUCAAUUCUUGGAGAUGUGAUUCUAAAUGAACGUGAAGUUCGUACAUUUGAAAGUGCAUGUCCAUUGUCAUUGGCCACUUUUACUUCCUUGUUAAUUGAGUUUGUUGCAAGACUUCAAAAUCUUGUAAAUGCAUUUCAACAGCUUAGUGAGAAGGCAAAAUUUAAGGAACCCAUAGAUGCAGCGGAGGCAGCUAACUUCUAGAAAUUUAGUCGAGAAAACUCAGUCUAUUUGUGCUAAUGCUCAUCAUGAAGAUGCUAUAUGCAGCACAUCACUUAGGUAAGUAUAUAAACUGUUCUUAGGAAAUGGAUUUUUCGUUCCAGGGCUCGAGAUCACAGAAAACCGAUUUAUUGAGCCAAGCUAGAGAAUUCAGGUAGAUGUGAUUACUGUAGUUAUUGUUUCAUAAAUAACUAAUGCCCAGUUGGGACCUUUUCUUAUGUAUAUUAUUAAAGCUGUAAGGCUUUGAUGAAUUAUUAUCUGGAACUGAAGUGUUGUUAUACAUGAAUUACAGAUAUUAAAUUGCUUA